CUCACCAACAUAUGAGAUGAGAAGAAAGAUCAAAGUGAAUGUAAAUGGCAAAGGCACAUCAGAUAACAGUAGGAAGCACUUGGGGAAUCAGAAACAUUUUUCAAUCCCUUGUAGCCAUCUUAGUCACUACUCUUGUUGUCACUGCCAUUUAUCUAACACAAGAAGGAGAUCAAUGGUCUGAUGAAAGAACCAAGUUACAUUCAUUAUCAAAAUGUGACUUGUUUUCUGGGAAGUGGGUUUUUGAUAAUGAAUCAUAUCCACUCUACAAGGAGCAACAGUGCACGUUCAUGUCUGAUCAAUUGGCUUGUGAGAAGUUUGGAAGGAAGGACCUUGGCUACCAGAAUUGGAGGUGGAAACCACACCAAUGUGACUUACCCAGGUUCAAUGCUACAGCAUUGCUUGAAAGGCUAAGGAACAAGAGGAUGGUGUUUGUGGGGGAUUCACUAAACAGAGGGCAAUGGGUUUCAAUGGUUUGCCUUGUGGAAUCUUCUGUUCCCCCAACUCUCAAAUCCAUGCGAACCAUUGCAAAUGGGUCCCUCAACAUCUUCAAGGCAGAAGAGUACAAUGCAACGAUCGAGUUCUACUGGGCUCCAUUAUUGGUAGAAUCAAACUCAGAUGACCCUGUGAACCACAGGGUAGCUGAACGAACCGUAAGAGUGCAUGCCAUAGAGAAACAUGCUAAGUACUGGACUGAUGCAGACAUUUUGGUCUUCAACACUUUCCUAUGGUGGAGAAGGAAAGCAAUGAAUGUUUUGUGGGGUUCAUUUGGAGACCCAAAUGGGGUGAUGAAAAGGGUAGGAAUGGUGAGAGUGUAUGAAAUGGCCUUGAGAACAUGGUCGGAUUGGUUGGAAGUUCAUGUUAAUCGCAACAAGACCAACUUGUUCUUUGUUUCUAUGUCACCAACUCACCAAAAGGCACAUGAAUGGGGAGGAGCUAAGGGUGAGAAUUGUUACGAAGAAAGAGAUAAAAUUAGAGAAGAAGGGUAUUGGGGGAAUGCUUCAUAUCCAAGUAUGAUGAGAGUGGUGGAAGAUGUGAUUGAAGAUUUGAAUGGAAGAGGGUUGAAAGUUGAAUUGCUAAACAUCACACAGCUCUCAGAGUAUAGGAAAGAAGGGCACCCAUCAAUCUAUAGAAAGCAAUGGGACCCUCUGACCGAAGAGCAGUUAUCAAACCCAAAAACUUAUGCUGAUUGCAUACAUUGGUGCCUCCCUGGUGUACCUGAUGUCUGGAAUGAGCUUCUUUAUGCUUAUAUUCUCCAUCCAUGACUAACUUUUCCAAUUUUCUUUUUGCUUUGUUAUUUUUUUCAUUCAUGUGCUGGGGAGAGUUCAAUUGUAAAGAAUGCUCUCCUAAUCUUUCAAAUCUCAUGUUAACUUUGAUUACUAAAAUACAGAUAUAGUUCUCAUUUCA